CGUCUUCCGACAGUAUAUACAGCUCAAUCUCAGUCCUGUCCAAGUCUUGAGGCCGUCCUCAUGGCUAACCCACGCCACGAAGCCGUCAAGAACGACUUGCUGGAGGCAGUCAAGAGCCGCGAGGCCGGCGCUUACCUGGAAGAGAUCGACGCCUUCCUGAAGCAAAAGAAGAAGUACAACGCCGACGACGUCAACCUGGCCCACCAGAUCAUUGACGUGUGUCUCGUCAGCGACAUCCUCGAGAAGGAGCUGGAGGAUGUGAACGGGCGCCUCAAGGAGAAGUACACGCUGAGCAACGAGAACGCCGAGCUCAAAGUCGGGAAAGCGAGGCGGUACAAGAAGGUUCCGGCCGACAAGGAGGAGUCAUAAGGAGGACCAUGCAUCGGAUAUCCAUAAUUGGUGUUCAGUUGAAGGAGCAGGCCUUUGGUAUUCAAGGACGACCUCCCACAGACGAGGAGAGCCUCGAGACGACAAAACCUUCGGCAGGAUAAGGACCUCCUCGCACCAUGGGUCGUCGGAGGAACUUCGGAGGGCCAGGGUGCUUCGUCCAAGAACUGAACAUGGAUCUAGUGAUAUCGGUGCUGUGAUCAGUGGCAUUGGAGAAUCAUUGGAGUGUUCUUCCUACCUUUCCUCAUGCUUUUAU